AUGGCUUUACCGUCAGAGGGUAACGACCUUUGGCCUGGCGCAAAGUCUCGAUUCGAUGAUUUCCAGGGUAUGCACAUUUACAUGACGCAGAAGGUGCAUUUCAACGGUCCAUUCCUCCCAUGGCAUCGUUGGAUGCUUUACCUGUACGAGUCCGAGCUACGCAACAAAUGCUCAUACGACGGCGCACUUCCUUACUGGGAUGUUAGCCUAGACAACACUGCCGAAACCUUCGUCAACUCGCCUGUAUUUGACAAUCUUUACGGCGUCGGAGGCAAUGGACCAUACAUCGAAGACGUAAGCGAUAAAGACGAGUUUCCGGUUCAAAAGCCGAUCACGAUCCCUGGCAGAAGCGGCGGUGGCUGCAUCAUGGAGGGACCUUUCGCUAAUCAUACCGUCCCCAUGGGCCUUGGAUUAUCUGUUACCUCAACACCCCACUGCCUGCGCCGCGAUUUCAGUCUACCUAUCAUCACGAGCGCUCUUAGCGAUGAGGUCGUCGACAAGACUCUCUCAGCAGCCACAUUUUCCGACUUCAACCUGGCAAUUCAGGGGUAUAGCAUGCAGGUCAGCGGCAUGACUUUGCAUGCUGGCUUGCACAUUGGCAUUGGCGGUGCAGUUGGCGAUUGUGCUGAUAUGUACUCUUCCCCCGGAGAUCCCGUCUUCUACUUCAUCCAUGGCGCUUUGGAUAAGGUUUGGAAUGACUGGCAGCGUAGAGACUGGCCUGCGCGCAAGACGGACAUCGGCGGCCCGGACGUGAUAUUUGGCUAUCCGUUCAACUACACCACAAAUCCCGCCUACGAGAAUAUCACUCUGCAGUAUCCCUUGUCUUACCCUAAUUUCGGCAAGGACAUGAUUGUUGCUGAUAUGAUGGACAUUCACGGAGGUCCUUUCUGCUACGAGUACAAAUGA